AGCGCGGCGGCGGCGGCAACAACAGGCGGGCCGGCGGCUGGUGCUCCGCGUUGCAAUCAAACCGCGUGUCACAAUAAUUACCACGGAUCGAUUUCGAGUGGCUCUCGAAGAAUGCGUCCGCAUCGGAACCGUCCACAUCGCGACAACGGCCGCCGAGGUGCACGCCGGCGACGCUAGCGCCGCUCGUGUUGGUCGCGCCACCUACCAGUCGCUUCGUCCCGACUGUCCGGACAAGAGCGGCAGCAUGUGCCGGUAAAUUUCGCGCGCUGCCCGAAAGAUGUACGCUGUCGCCGACACGGACGAUGCCCCCAUCCAGGUGGUGUCCACCAUCUCCGGGGCGGCGGGCACCGUCAACCCCGUCCCGGACAGCGAGAUGGACGCUCUGCUCCUUGGACGUACAAGGGUAUGUGGGGAGCUGGUGGCCUCGACGCCCAACCAGAGAAACUGGCGCGGCAUCCUGAUCGCCCUGCUGGUGAUAAUGGCCGUGCUCGGCCUGAUCGUGUUUUCCAUCGUGCUGUUGUCGCCGCCAGACGAGGGGCCCAGGGUCAAAGGUGAAAAAUUGCAGCGCGAGCACGUGACGGGCCUCGAACUGCACCCGCCACGCUUCAACGGCUCCUGGGUCAACGAAACCGAGUUUGUCUUUCGUGAUAUCUACGGCGGAGUGUCCGUCUACAACGCGGACAACCUGUCCUCCCGUGUUCUUAUGACAAACAGUACUUUUAGACAGCUGAAUGCAGUUAAUUUUAGUGUUUCCAGUGAUCUUAAUUACGUUCUUCUCAUCGCCGACGUUAAGAAGGUGUACAGAUACUCAACGGAGGCGAAAUAUAGCAUAUACGAAGUUGCAACAGAAAACCACUUCCCUCUGAAGACGGAGGAGGACGCGGAGGACGUGCACCCGCACCUGCAGCAGGUGCAGUGGUCGCCGCGCGGCAACGCCCUCGUCUUCGUCUACAAAAACGACGUCUUCUUCCGGCCGGCGGCCAACAACGCCAACACAGUCAGGGUAUCGACCUCUGGCGAGCCAGGGGUCGUCUUCAACGGCGUUCCCGAUUGGCUCUACGAAGAGGAGAUAUUGAAAAGCUCCAAGGCUUUUUGGUUCUCCAAGGACGGCUCGAUGCUGCUCUUCGCCGCCUUUAACGACUCUCUGGUCGGCGAGAUGCAGUUUUCGUGGUACGGCGGCCUCGGCGAGAAGCUCUCCUACCCCAAGACCAAGAGUCUCAGAUAUCCAAAGGCUGGAACCGCCAACCCUGAGGUUAGUCUUUAUGUGGCGAAUCUGGAAGCCCUGGGGAGUUCAGGUGCAAGUGCCAGACAGGCGGCCGGUAAUCAAGUCGUCAACAUCAAACCGACCGCAGCAGUGACUGACCAAGAACACUACUUCACAGCAGUGACUUGGGCCAGCCCGCGGCAAGUGGCGGUCAUCUGGAUGAACAGGCGGCAGAAUUUGUCAAUAAUUUCCAUUUGCUCAGAGCCGAGCUGGGAAUGCGAGGACAGCCACACUGAGAGGCAGACCGGUCGCGGCUGGGUGGAUCUCUACGAGGCACCGCUCUUCUCCGAGGACAGUACCUCCUACGUCAUCCGUCUGCCAGUGCUUGACGGAGAAUCUGGCAAGUUCCAGCACAUCAACCAGAUUUUCAUCAACCCCAAAAGGUUGUCCCCCCUGACGCACGGCACCUUCGAGGUCACCUCCAUCCUCGCCUGGGACCCAGAGAGCCACCAUGUGUACUUUAUGGCUGCACCUGAAGGGAAGCCAGGCCAGCGCCACUUGUACAGAGUGCUGGACCAAAAUGCGAGCACCACGGCAGACAGGAAGAAAGAGUGUUUGACGUGUCCCGAAGUGGUCAGCACGACAAACGUGACCGAUUCGGAUUACGGGCCGUGUCUCUACUCGAACGCCUUUUUCUCGCCGUCUGCCAAGUACUACAUCCACGAGUGCUUGGGGCCGGAGCCGCCAGUGAUUUGGCUGGUGGAGGCCAGGACGAACGCACGCAUCGCUCUCAUCGACGACUACCCAACGCUGAGAAAAACUCUGGCAACUUUAGCUUUACCACAGAUCAAAACGAUCGAGGUGGAAAUCGAAGGAGGCUACCAAGCUCAAGUCAGACUGUUUCUGCCUCCUGGGCUGCGCGAGUACGAGGAAAUGGCAUUCCCCCUUGUGCUGCACGUAGACGCCGCACCUGGCUCGCAGCUAGUGACGGAGAGGUGGGGAGUCGACUGGGGUUCCUACCUGGCCAGCCAGCGAAACUUCAUUGUGGCCCAAAUUGACGCCCGGGGCUCUGGAUUCCAGGGCGAAAAACUCAGGCACGAACUCUUCCACAAACUCGGCUCGGUGGAAAUCGAGGAUCAGAUCGCUGUCAUUAAGUACCUGAGAGACAACCUUAAAUACAUCGACAAGGAUCAUCUGGCAGUUUGGGGCUGGAGCUACGGUGGCUUCGCGACCGCCAUGAUUCUCGCUCAGGACGAAGAAGUCUUUCGCUGCGGAAUUUCCGUGGCUCCAAUCACAAGUUGGAUUCACUACAACUCUGCUUUCACUGAGCGCUACAUGGGCCUGCCCAACGUGACUGACAACUACAGGGGCUACGAAGAGUCGGACGUCACAAAGAGGGCCGGCAAUCUUCGGGAAAAGCUUUUUCUGCUCAUCCACGGCACGGCCGACGACAACGUUCAUUACCAGCAGAGCAUGAUGCUCAUCCAAGCACUCACUGCUGAAGGUGUUCUUUUUCGACACCAGACAUAUCCAGAUGAAGACCACAGCUUCUCUGGCGUGAAGAGUCACAUGUACAAGGCCAUGGAGUCAUUCCUCGACGAUUGCUUUGGACCGCUUGAUUUUGAAGAGUGGGAAAUCGGAACGAGUUUUUUUACUUUCAAGCAGUAGAAAGAGAGCGAGAAAUCAGCUAACAGCAGAAGAUAAUGUGUUAAAUAGCUGAAGCAUUUUGAUUGACUUCGUUUUUGUAAUAAGAGAAACUGCAUUUGGCUGUUGGACACACAAGGAUUUUAGUCUCAGAGAAUUUAAAAGUACGUAGCCUGUCAGCAAACCAUCAUGCACACCAACAUCAUCAUCAUCAAGUACCAUUAUUUAUUACCACAUGAGAGUAUAGUUACCGCGUGAAAAUGCACUUGUUAAAAAGAAAAUGCGUGUCAUUUGCUCUUUCGGUUGACACGCUGAUAUUUUUAAUUUCACAUAUGGGCCUGCUCUCUAAUUUUUAUCUUUUGCGGAUCUCAGGUUGAAUUUUCCUCAUUUGCCUAAAGGGGGCAAAAGACCAAGGAUAACCCUCGCUCUUCGUACAUUAUAUAAUGUUUUGUGUGCGAAUUGCAAAAGGAACACCUUAAAAUGAGUGUGUAUCAGCUGUAAAGGUGAAUAUUGUGAUCAUUAUUAUUUUAAUGAAUAUAAAUAAACAAUGUGUACAUCAUCAUUUAAAGCAAGAAAGCAUAUAAGCUUAAUUAAAAUGAAUGUUUUCCUGUGAUGGCCUGAUAUUGAACAUGUCUGAUGUUUGAAAUUAUCAAAAUGUUAAGGUGGGUGUUUGUUUGAUUUGCCAUUGGAUAGUAAAAGGUGUUUCGAAAUUCGUGUGUGACAAAAGUUCGUUAAUUGUUACUAUUUGUUGGAAAUGUUAUACCUGUGAACAUAUUUCUGGCUGUUCCAUGUUGAAUCGUCAUAAUUAACUAACUCUGUUUUCAUUUUCUAAAAAAAUGUGGACAUAUAUACAUUAAAAGCUUAAAGUUGUGAGGUGAUUUUUUGCGAGAGAAAAACAUUUGUUGCUCAUGUGUAAAAAUUUUAUACGUUAGAGUCCCUGGAGUGGAUGUGAUUUUUAUGAAGCCCUUGUAAUACUGUGUAUUGUUCAAGUAAAACUGCGCGGUUUAAGUUCAAAACAAAAAUGUAUAAAAGCAGUUCAAGCUUUCAUCUGCGCAUCGACUAUUACGUUUUUUAAGUAUAAUUGACAGAUAACACCAAGCUUUAAAGGUUUUUGGCCUGUUUCAAAGAGAGAAAAUUUUGACCUACGGCAGAGAAGAGGAGAACAUUCGAAAACUUGUAAAUGAUGAAAAAAAGCUGAGUUUCUCCUUAGCGAGUAGCUGUUGCAUCUGUAUUAGUUUACAUAGGUGAGAAUUCCAAUUGACCAACCUAUAAAAUGUUACACUAAUUAUAAAAAAAAAGAAAGAAUAAAAUGCGCUGCCCUAGUCAUCACUUCCCCCCACUGACAAUCCUCGUAAUCUUCAGCAGCCGUACCUAUAACCACGCAAACCAUUCUCUAUAUUAACUUUUUAUGUGAUGAGAUGUUUAUUGUUGAAAAAUGUCCAUUUUAAAAACGCGUGCGCUUCACAUGAUUCCAUUUUUGACUCGUCGAAGCCCCUAAUGAGUUCAAAUAUAACAAAACGCAGCACUUUUACUGCACACACAAUUGUGUUUUUGGCAUUCAAAAAGCUUUUAUGUUGUCCCAUCUUUUCUUGAGACUUUUUCCUCUUAGCCCCAUCAUAUAAAAGUAAAAGCAUACAUUCAGUAAAUUAAAAACAUUAUAUAAAGUUGUAAUUUAACUAAAGUAAACUUUUGAAAAAUUCCAGUCGUAAAAUUAAAAUAUUGCAUUGAGUGAUUCAAUAAGAGGAAAUGAUCCCCUUUCUGUAAAGAGGAUACUCCUCUUUCUUUGUUAUAUAAAUGAAAUUUAUAUGAGUAGUCUUCGUGCACCAUUAUUUUCUAAUAAAAGUCACAAAAUUAUUCAAAGCUG